UUUUCAUCUUUGGCAUUACACAUGAUAAUGUUACCUUCAUUGUUUUCUAUUCCUCUGAUACCACAUUCAUCAGUUAUCUCACCCUUAAUCAACCCAACUACUUCCUUUCAUACUUCAUCAUCCUCAUUAUCAUCUUCCUCAACUUUGGCAUCACCCAAAUCAACUUCAAUGACAUUAUCUUCCAUUCCACUAAAACCAAGCUCUGUUCCCUCAAUAAUCAAUCCAACUACAUUUCACACUUCCUCAACGUCAUCAAGUAUAUCAUUGCUACUUCCUACAUCAACUUCAGUUCCCGCUCAUGCAUGCCAUCCCCAGACUAAUACUACAGAUCGUGGUCAGUUUGAAUGGCCACUAACACUAGCUGGAAUGACUGUUACCAUAUCAUGUCCUAGUGGCCCUAUUGGAGCUACAGCAAUUAGAAUAUGCUCUGCUUCUUCUGAUUGGGAAUUACCAAAUGUGAUGAGGUGUGCUACUACUGAUGUUACAAAUGGAUUCAAUGAAUUAUCUAAAGUAAACAUUACUGUUGAUAAUUUUGGUUCAGCAGCUUUCAAUAUGAGCAGUUUAGUGGAAAAUGCAGCACACACUCUUGCUGACCAAAACAUUCAAAACAUUGAUGUAAUAUCAACAGUAUUGGAAGCAAUAGUGUCUGUUCUUUUGAAUAAUGAAAGAGUGCCAUUAAUAAUUGAAAUAACAGGAAAUAUUGUACAAACACUCAAUUUAUUAGUAGAAUGGCCCAUGGAUGUGACUAAUGUUUUAUCCAAUAAUAUAAUCGAGUCAUUUGAAGAAUUCAUACAAGUUGUAUUUGAACAGAAAAAUUUUGCUGUAAUUAAAAUUUCUAAAGAAAACAUUUUGUUUAGAGCAGAAAGAGUAAGAUUAUUGCAUUUGCUACAUAUAAUGAUUGAUUAUAAUGAAAUAGUUUGCCAGAGCUAAUUUUAGUGGAUUAACAAUAUCAGCCAGUGCUU